GGUCAGUCCUCCCUAUAUAUUUCUCUCUAUUUCUCCCUUAUAUUACUACAGAAGUACUUGGAUGCCCAAAUAUACUCUCUCGGAAGGCUAAUCUUGCGCAAUUACAUACUUGUCAAAAACAGCAGAGCAGCUAUAUAAGUUGUCAUGGCAUCGACUAAGGAUGAUAAGAUCCCAGAACUAGGAGACCUCAUUGAAAUCUUCAGAGGCGCAUACCAGCACUGGGCUAUUUAUAUUGGUGAUGGUUUUGUGGUUCACUUUUCGCCACCCAUUGAGUGUACUCCGGAUGGGUCUUGCACUCAAGGGGGCCUACUGAGUACAGUAGCCCAAGUGAAGAUGGAGAAACUCUCUGAUGUGGCUGGCAAGGAUGAGUAUCGUAUCAACAACCUUCUGGAUGACCAAUAUGAUGUUCAACCUAUCAGUAUGAUGGUACAGAAGGCAAAGACACUUUUGGGAGAGAGAUUUACAUAUAAUAUGCUCACAAGCAAUUGUGAGCACUUUGUCACAGAGAUAAGAUAUGGAUACCCAGAGUCUUGCCAGGCGAACAAUCCUCUUGUGAAGUUGAGUAAGUUUGGGUUGGGAGUCUUGUAUUUUUUGUUACGAAAUUGAUCAGAAGUCAAAUAGAAGGGAAAAAAUGAGCACUGGGAAAUUGAAUACCAAAUGAGGUCUUGAAUUUUUUUGUCAGUAAAUGUAUUUGAUAGAAAAGUUACAGCAGUGACUUAAUAUGCUUAUGGUGGACAAUAAGAAAUUUUCAUAAAUGCAAGAUUGUAUAAGCAAACUAAACUACAAAAAGAAUUAUGUGUUAUACAUCUGAUCUCAAUCUCAUGCCUGAAGUGUCACACAUGUUGUUUUUCUAUAGCUUUGAAGUUUUCUAAUUAAAUUUAAAGCCAUGUUUGUAUUGUACCGGUAUAAUCCAAUAUAUGGCUGGUUGAAUAUUUGACAAAAAUGAAUUAUAAAACGCACAUGUUUUUAUCUUAGUGCUAAUGUGUAAUGUAGUUUAUAUUUAAAUAAAGGGCAAGUUUAUUUCUGACAUAUACUUUCAAGUUUUUAUUGUAAUUCUGUACUUCCAGGGUGCACAUUUGAUUACAUUUUGCAUAGGUUGCAUGUGUAAUACCAUUACUGAAAUUCAGCUUAGAUUGGAAAUUGUUGUUGUUUUUCAGCUCUUGUUUGAAAGAUCAUUUCUAUAAGGGAAUAAAGCCGAAUGAUCAUA